CCACCGCCACCCUAUUCGUCGUCGCGUAUUCAUCGGGCCGCCGCUGUGCCAAGCAGCCGCCACUACUACUCGCCGCUGACGUAUUCAUCGGGCCGCCGCUGUGCCAAAGCUGCCGCCACUAUACUCGCCGCUGACGUAUUCAUCGGGCCGCCGCUGUGCCAAAGCUGUCGCCACUACUAUUCGUCACCUGCGUAUUCAUCGGGCUGCCGCUGUGCCAAAGCUGCCGCCACUGCAGUUCGUCGCCUGCGUAUUCAUCGGGCUGCCGCUGUGCCAAAGCUGCCGCCACCCUAUUCGUCGUUCGCGUAUUCAUCGGGCCGCCGCUGUGCCAAAGCUGCCGCCACCCUAUUCGUCGUUCGCGUAUUCAUCGGGCCGCCGCUGUGCCAAAGCUGUCGCCACUACUCGCCGCUGACGUAUUCAUCGGGCCGCCGUUGUGCCAAAGCUGCCGCCACUACUAUUCGUCACCUGCGUACUCAUCGGGCUGCCGCUGUGCCAAAGCUGCCACCACUGCUACCCGCUUACUCACAUUUCGACUGAACUCUGUGAUUUAGUGUUCUUCGUGUUUCUGAACGUGAUAUUAUUGUGUUUAGUGUAGUGUUUAGUGUUAUUUAAGGAAAUAAAUUUAUAACGUUUUAAGAAAA